GUUUGCUUGUCGUUUUCGCUCAGGAUUUGCAUCAUUCAAGGCAAACGCAAAACUGCCUUUUUUCCCCCCACUCUUUUUUGAAAAAUCAUUUUUGGGGGCUGGUGAAGAGAGCUAGGACCCAGGAGACACCUUCCCAAACAGCAGGGGUUGUGUGCUUUCACACAGCAGUACUGUACAAGGAAAACCCCGUCGGAUCUGUUAUUGCGGGAUACUUGCGAAAUAUACAUAGGAUUCUUUCUUAUGGCUGCAUCCCGGAUCUGGAAAUUUUACUUGCGGACCAAGAGAAUCUGAAAGGCUACAUGUAUACAGGAGAUUUGCAAGCAAGACUCCAAUUCUUGUCUUAGAGCUCACAGACUUCCUCACUUACCGGCCUUUUUCCUUCCUCUUUUUUUUUUUUUUUUAAAUUUCUUCCCUCUUUCUGCUCUCUCCUCUCUCAGUCUCUCCUUUUCUAUCUGCCUCUUCUUUUUUUCUCCUAGUCUUCUUUUUUUCCUGUUCUGCACCUGGAUUGUAUCUUCACCAAACAAUCGGGCACUUUGAGAACUAAUUGGAGGCAGUCUUGUAGGGAAGAGCUGUAUGGAAUUAUCUGCUUUUAUGGUGAACUUGGCAUUUGUGAAUGGGUAUCUUGUUCACGAUAUUAAUUGCUAGCAAAAACAAGAAAAAGAACACAGGAGUAAAACGUGGAUUUUUCUGAAUACGCAUUGUGAUGACCAGCAAUUACCUUACCGACUGAUAUCCAGAGAAGAAUAAUUUAGAAGACUGUUGUGGAGAACAGCCUUUAAGAGCUGGAAGAUGAAAGCUCCGAUUCCACACUUGAUUCUUUUAUGUGCUACUUUCACGCAGGGUUUGAAGGUUGUGACCAAAAGAGGCUCUGCUGAUGGAUGCACCGAUUGGUCUGUCGAUAUCAAGAAGUACCAAGUUUUGGUGGGAGAGCCUGUUCGAAUCAAAUGUGCACUCUUUUAUGGUUAUAUCAGAGCAAAUUACUCCCUUGCUCAAAGUGCUGGACUCAGUUUGAUGUGGUACAAAAGCUCUGGUCCCGGAGACUUUGAAGAGCCAAUAGCCUUUGAUGGAAGUAGAAUGAGCAAGGAAGAAGACUCCAUUUGGUUCCGGCCAACAUUGCUACAGGACAGUGGUCUCUACGCCUGUGUCAUCAGAAACUCCACUUACUGUAUGAAAGUAUCCAUCUCACUGACAGUGGGUGAAAAUGACACUGGACUCUGCUACAAUUCCAAGAUGAAGUACUUUGAUAAAGCAGAACUCAGCAAAAGCAAGGAAAUUUCAUGCCGCGACAUAGAAGACUUUUUACUACCAACCAGAGAACCUGAAAUCCUAUGGUAUAAGGAAUGUAGGACAAAAACAUGGAGGCCAAGUAUUGUAUUCAAAAGAGAUACCCUGCUUAUAAGAGAAGUCAGAGAAGAUGACAUUGGAAAUUAUACCUGUGAAUUAAAAUAUGGAGGCUUUGUUGUGAGAAGAACCACUGAAUUAACUGUUACAGCUCCUCUGACUGAUAAGCCACCCAAGCUUUUGUAUCCUGUCGAAAGUAAACUGACGAUUCAGGAGACCCAGCUGGGUGACUCAGCUAAUCUAACCUGCAGAGCUUUCUUUGGGUAUAGCGGAGAUGUCAGUCCUCUAAUUUACUGGAUGAAGGGAGAGAAGUUUAUUGAAGAUCUGGAUGAAAAUCGAGUUUGGGAAAGUGACAUUAGAAUUCUCAAGGAGCAUCUUGGGGAACAGGAAGUUUCCAUCUCGUUAAUUGUGGACUCAGUAGAGGAAGGUGACUUGGGAAAUUACUCCUGUUACGUUGAAAAUGGAAAUGGACGUCGGCAUGCCAGCAUUCUCCUUCACAAACGCGAGCUAAUGUACACAGUUGAACUUGCUGGAGGGCUCGGUGCUAUCCUUUUGCUGCUUGUUUGUUUGGUGACCAUCUACAAGUGUUACAAGAUAGAAAUCAUGCUUUUCUACAGGAAUCAUUUUGGGGCUGAGGAACUGGAUGGAGACAAUAAAGAUUAUGAUGCAUACUUAUCAUACACCAAAGUGGAUCCUGACCAAUGGAAUCAAGAGACUGGGGAAGAAGAACGCUUUGCUCUUGAAAUCCUACCUGAUAUGCUUGAAAAGCAUUAUGGAUAUAAGUUGUUUAUACCAGAUAGAGAUUUAAUCCCAACUGGAACAUACAUUGAAGAUGUGGCAAGGUGCGUAGAUCAAAGCAAGCGGCUGAUUAUUGUCAUGACCCCAAAUUAUGUAGUCAGAAGGGGCUGGAGCAUCUUUGAGCUGGAGACUAGACUUCGGAACAUGCUUGUGACUGGAGAAAUUAAAGUGAUACUAAUUGAAUGCAGUGAACUACGAGGAAUUAUGAACUACCAGGAGGUGGAGGCCCUCAAGCAUACCAUCAAGCUCCUGACGGUUAUCAAAUGGCAUGGGCCAAAAUGCAACAAGUUGAACUCUAAGUUCUGGAAACGUUUACAAUAUGAAAUGCCUUUUAAGAGGAUAGAACCCAUUACACAUGAGCAGGCUUUAGAUGUUAGUGAGCAGGGGCCUUUUGGGGAGCUGCAGACUGUCUCAGCCAUUUCCAUGGCCGCAGCCACCUCCACAGCUCUCGCCACUGCCCAUCCAGAUCUCCGUUCCACGUUUCACAACACGUACCAUUCACAAAUGCGUCAGAAACACUACUACCGAAGCUAUGAGUACGACGUACCUCCCACUGGCACCCUGCCUCUUACCUCCAUAGGAAAUCAGCAUACCUAUUGUAACAUCCCUAUGACACUCAUCAAUGGGCAGCGGCCACAGACAAAAUCAAGCAGGGAGCAGAAUCCAGAUGAAGCCCACACAAACAGUGCCAUCCUGCCACUGCUGCCAAGAGAGACCAGUAUAUCCAGUGUGAUUUGGUGACAGAAAAGCAAGGGACACCCAGUCCCUGGGAGCUUGAGUGGAGUCUGCAGUCCAGUGCCUGGAACUAAAUCCUCGACUGCUGCUGUUAAAAACAUGCAUUACAAUCUCUAGAACACGAGGAAAAACAGGGUCUUGUACAUAUGUUUUUUGCAAUUUCUUUGUAGCAUCAGUGUCUUCCUGUUUUACCAUGUCUCUUACCAUUACAUUUUUUGACUUUGUUUUAUAUGUCAUUGGAAUUUGUAAAUUUACAUUUUUUUAAAGAAGAGACUUAUAUAUAGAUAGAAAACCCUUCUUUGCUUAAUUAGUUUAGUUUUAGAAUGGGUUUAUUUCCUUUUCUUGAUUUUGUUUUGCUUUUAACAUUUCCUUGGGGUGCUUGGACAAAUCAAUCCGAUGGGACAAGGAGCACCGGAUCCUCUCUUGGGUUCUGCCUAGGAUCAGCUGGGCCAUGUGGGCCUUCAGAAAGCAGCGCAACUAAUGCCAGCAUUGCCAUUUGGGAAUCCAAACAAAAGAUGAGAAGAACACUUGUUCGUAGGAGGGCCCCGCCCACCAGAGCACUGAAUCUCUUCCUUGUCCCGCCUCAUUCCCCACCUCUACCCUUCCAAUGGCGGCAUGAUGUGUGAACUCUGAGGAGGGGUGGGGGUGGGUUUAACUGUCUUAACAUUUAAUUCACUGCUCGUCAGAAUACACUCCAGACCCAAAAAGUGUGCUAGUCACUUGACGGUGACCACUACAGAGUGCUAAGAAGAGAAGAUCAAGGGCAUGAAAGUGGGGGAGAGAGUGUCGUUUCCGUUUUUUAAAUGAGUUGAUGUACCCUUAUAUAAAUAUAUAUAUAUAUAUAUAUAUAAACACAACAAAACAAAAGAAACAAAAAAACAAAACAAAACAAAAAAACACACAAAAAAACAAAAACAAAAAAAUCAAGCCCUAUAUUUGAUCACUUCCUGGAAAGGCAUGAAUGUGUUUGUGGCUGUUUUUGUUUGAUAUUCUACUUCCUCUUUUCCCUCUAUAAUUUUUUCUGCAAAUGAGAUUAUGUGCAAAUGCCAGGCAAGUUAACUCAAAAGGGUGAAUCAACACAAGUCAAAAUGAAAUUUACAUUGAAGGCUUCCAAACCAAAGGGAAGGACAGGAUGUGUCAUCAAAUAUGUUUUGUCACCUUGUAUUAUACAAAGUGUGUUAUUUUCUAAAGAGUCAGAACAAAUCUGUGAAACUUAUUAUGGGGUCCCCUUGUAUUUAAAUGUUAAUUCACUGUAUUUAAUUUUCAAUGCUACAUUCAGAAUUAAGUGUUUGGUUUCAGUUUGUGAACAUAAGCAACACUUAUUAAUAAUCAAAGUGUUUAUAUAAGAACCCAGGAGGUCAAACAUAUGAAUACCAACAGAAAUCAGUAUUUUCAAAAUAUACAUUAUUUACAUGAGAUAGUUUUUAAAUUAGAUGAGAAAGUGUUUAAUAUAAUUUUACUGUAUAAAAAAUUAGUUUUAUUUUAACUGUAUAAUUCUAUCUUUCAGAAAGCUGACGCUCCCAGGAAAUUCAUCCCUUACCAUGUAGCUUUGUGUUUGAAGUCGAUGACAUAAGCAGCUAAUACAUAUUCAUAUUGAAGAUGAUGCAAAAUCAAUAAUCAUAAAGGAACUUACAGAGGGCAGAAUUGUUAAAGGGAAAUAUUACCUAAGUAGCUUUUAGUUUUAAAAAAUCCAAUGUGAUGAAAACACUGGUAAUAGAACUUAUGCAUUACUUUAGUGAUUCACUGUAGGAGCUUCCAUUCUAGUCAUUGUCUGUGAGCUUGUGUAGUGACUUUUGUAUGUUUGGUUUAUUCCUACCACUAUGUAAUGAGAAAAUAAUUAUACAGUAUUUGUCACAGUACUGCGGUGUGAGUUGGCCACAAAAAAAGGUGUAAACUUCAGAAGAGUUCAUUGGGGAGGUAAGAUUGAAUUGCAUAUGUAUGAGAGAUGAGUAUAAGAAUUCUGUGACAAUACAGAGGUCUCAGUAUUUGUGUGACAAAGUGAAGGAACCUCAGGAUGUGCAUUGAUUUUUAUUUGCUGAAAAAAAAUGUCCAUUUCCCUGACAACUCACCUGGGUCCUCCUCUACAAUCUGUUCCUUAUUCCCUUGCUCCCUUUGGAUCUAUGUCAUAUUUUCUCAAACCAGAACUGAAGCUGCAAGGACACAUAAACUUUAAGGUCAGCUUUGUACAUUGGGUUAUUUUCGGAAUCCAAGAAGGCCGUUGUUUACUAUGUAUUAUGGACACCUGUCAGGGACUGGUGGCAGGGAACCCCAUUGGACUGGAUUCCAGACUCCCCCAGUGCUCAGAAAACUGUAAACAUGGCAAUGGCCUGGUUUGUUUCUUUGUUUUUUAAUUUUCUUAAGUGCACGAUGGAAGUGUGGAAUAAAUGUAGAGGAAGUAAUCAGACCACAGUCAUAUUUUAGGCAUUCAUAGAUGUUAAUUUAGCUGCAUUGGGAGUACAUUUUUUGUUCUAUUUUUAGUGUAGAUUUAAGCACUUUGAAUAGCAUGAUUCAGGGAUGGAUGGGUAAUAUUUGAUAUUCUCACAACUUAAGAAACGUUUUUUUUUUCCUCUAAUGCUUUGUCAUAUUUUUUGAAAAAUAAAGUAAAUGGAGAAGAAGCUAUCUGUGGCUUUAGAAACAUUCCUCCCAAGUAUUCCUCUAUCAGUUCCUUGUGAGAACAAAUGAAGGAAGCUGUCAUGUGUUCACGUGCUCUAUGUUUAACAAAAGUUACGUUAGAACUCACAAUAAAAGAAAAAAAUGUAUUUUCCCUAGUGCUUAGAUUUCAUCCUUCUCUUUUUUUUUUUUUUUUUUUUUUUUUGGUGCGGGCCGUGGGGGAUAAAAAUAUAUUCUAGUUGUAAAAACACAGUUGAAAGUAUGACUAUGUUAGCCAAGCUGAGAGAGAGAAUGGGCUUCUGGACUUGGACACGUAUUUCCUGUCUUUCAUCAGUUGCUGCUCAGGCUCUGAAUGACACGUUAUGGAUUCAAAAUCCAUCUGGUUCUGUCAUAUAACCUUUACUUGCUGCCUACGAGCGUCUUACCUUUUAUAUGGUGCUCAAAUCUUUGAUUAUUUAAUUUGUAAUCCAUUCCUUAGGUCUCCUAUUGGCAGAGAAGAAAUUUGUGUCUCAUACAGCCAGCUGAUUUAAGUUUAGAUCAAAUCUGUGACAUAAAUCCAAGUCAUAGUGAGUUAAGAGACCGAAACCUACUAUAUUUCUGUAGUCAAACUCCUGAUUUUUCAAGCAUUUUGCGUUUAUUACCUUCUUCAUAAUACAUAUAUUAAAACACUAUUGACUUAAUCUUAAAUAUCUAGAUAUACUGGUUUCUUCCUUAUUUCAUUAUUAUUUAGCAUUUUAUAACAAGAUCAAAUAUUAACUGAGAGCCAAAAUCCCUAAGUUCCAAGUAAGUUUUGUUUAUCCUAGAAAAGUCAUUAACUUUGACAGAUAUGAUUUAUGUAAAUUAAGAUCACCAUUGCUAGGAAAACAUUAAUUCAUACAUUUGUAAAUUAUUUUCUGAUUCUGGAAUGAUAACCUAGUUUCCCUUUUUCUAAGAAGUACUUUUUAUGUUGUGCUUAAUUUUUUUUUCAAAUUUAAGUUUGUAUCAUUAGUCCUAGGAGAAAGCUUAAUGAAGUUCCGAGGAGACCAUCAGUAUUGUACAAGUGAAAUGACUGAAUGGAACUAAGAGAACAUACAGACGUGGAAGAGGAAAAGCCCUGACUGCCUCUGAUCGGAACUUGCUUGGUCGUUAUUUUCCAUUAUUGUCAUAGUUGAUUAAGAGAGGUGAAAUAUUAUUAUAUGGGUUGGAAAUCCCACCUACAGAUACAUAUUCCCUAUCACUGAAGAAUCUUUUAAAACAAUAGAUAAAGUUGUUACAAAGAGGUGAUGAUGGAACUGAGUUCCCUAAAAAACACUUGUCAGUGGAGGCAGAGCUAUUCUUUGCCUAGUCAUAACCCAUUCCCACUUCAUUCUCCUGAGCAAAGGAAGGAACCAGCAGUCAAAUUGUGAUUAUUCUUAAUAACAGAGCUUUAACUUCGGGUUAAGGACACCCUGAGUCUAUAAAAGGGAUUAAAGUAAAUAAUGAAGCUCUUGAAAUCCCAGACAUAACUGUGAUUAUGUGCAGAACUGUUGUUUUCCUGAAUGUGAGUGUCAAAGAUACCUGUCACCUAAAAGGCUAUUGAUGUUUUGACCUAGAGCAUAGGUUCAGAAACUGACAUUCAGAUAAACCAGCUAUCUUACAGGCGCUGUUAGACCUACUGGUCCUUACCUUCACUCAUGAAAAUGCAUAGGAUGGUUAUCGUUGUUUUGACAUACAGAGGCAAGUCCUUUUCCAACAUGACCCAGUUUUGUGGGAGACUUGGUUCAUGGUGAGGAAACUGCUUGUAUGAUGACAAGUAAUUCAUGCCAAGAUACAUGAGAAUUGAUUACUAUUACUACGAUAGUUUACUCAUUUACUCAAAAGAUAGCUUGUAUGGAAACAUGAAAUCAUGUAAUUUGGCAUGAUGCCUUAUUUCAUUUAACUUCUUCAUGAUUUGCGUUUAAUCAUGUUUCCUACAACAAAACUAGGAAUUAAUGCACUACAGAAGAAACAACCAGCUGACAUGUUUUUCCAAAGGGACCCAGUUUUCUUAGGCCAAGAUUUAGAAUUGGUUGAUUUUCAACAAUUGUGCUUUUGCCAGCUGCAGGAAUUAUUAUCUGACUUUGCGGCAAUAUGAUGAAUUUUGAGAAUAAACUGAAGUGAGGUGGUGUGUAUUUAAAGUUUUAUUUUUUGCUCAUGAUUGGCAGCAAGGUGAAAGUUUGUGCUCUGUUACAAAUUAAGAUACUGUCACAAGGAGUUGUGAGGCCUAAAUUUGAGAAAAGAAAUGGAUGAUGGUGAUGAAUUAAUCCUAAACCUAAUCUUAUGUGUGCUUUCAUCAUCAUACUUCAGAUACAUGCAUAGAAAAUGUCCAGACUAAAAGAAGGAACCCAGCUCUAAUUUUCCAUCAAGUUCCAUUUCUUCCUUCCAGGCUCAGAAUACAAAACAUCUCUCCAUUUUCCAAACACAUAGAUAUAUGACAAGAAAAAUUUCCUUCUGUCCUUUAGUAAAUGUUCCUCUGAAAAGUCUCUGAAUCCACUGACAAACUCAUGUUUCAGAAUUGUUCAUUAAAGUAAGCAAAGUAAG